AUGGAGGACGAUUACAAAUUUGCUGCUAGUACAUUCUUUGCCAAGAACCAUCCCGGUGAAACUUGUGGUAGCAACGGUUUACCAUUAACUCCUAGUUCGAUAACUAUUUUGGGGCGUUCUCAACGCCUCCUACAAAUUGAACAUCCGAAUCUGUGCACUUAUCUUGAUAUCAUUAGAGGGAAACAUGAAAGAAUUAUAGUAGUUGCAGAAGUGAUUGGCAAGGCUCUUGCAGAAUAUACUACGAAAUUUUCCUAUGAGGAAAUUAUUAAUAUUGCUACUCAAGUGGCUUGUGGUAUGAAAUUGCUUCAUGAUGGAAACAUAAUACAUAGAACUCUGAGUGAUGAUAAUAUUCUUCUUGAUAGUAACGGUAGAGUGAAGUUAUUCCAUUACGGCAUGUAUUAUAUGACCAAUGAGGGAAAAGAAGUACCUUUUCCUCUUGGCCUGCCUCGGUAUUUCAGUCCCGAAGCUAUUAUUGGCGGAGGUGGCCCUUCAGCAGAUGUUUGGGCAUUUGGUAUAAUAAUUCUGGAGCUAUGUAUCGGAAAAUUAUGGAAUAAUUUGAAACCUAGUCCAACAAUGAGAAGAAUCCUCACUCUGGUUCAUAGUAAUAAUCCCGCUGAGAGAAUUGCUAGAGAACAUUAUGCUCUUGAUGCAUACAAGGAAAUACCAGAAAAUAUAAGGGGCAUAAUAGAAAAAUGUCUCAAAAUAUAUCCAUCUGAAAGAGCAACAUUUAAAGAUUUACAUUCUGAACUAUCUAGCAUGAACACACGGACACCUUCAGAAAUUAAACCGGUUAGAGGUUUAAUGGGUUGCAAGUUGCAAUAUCUUUAUCACUGGUGGCAAUUGGCUGGUGGGGAUAUUCAGGCAGAAUUGAAGAAAAGUGGGCUCAUUAAAAAUAGUCCACCUAUAUUGUCUAUGCCCAUCGCAAUUCUGUUAGAUGGUCCCACAAUAGGCGGUAAGACCGGAGCGUUGUUUGACCGACGCAUCGCUAAAUAUAGCUUGGAUUUAUUGAAAAAUCGCCUCAGUCAUAUACCACCGAGCGAUUUCUAUCCACUGAUGCAUGAAAGGAGGAGAGAUUACGAAGCAAUGGCUUUACCAAAGAUCAUAAGGGAACGCGAUACUGAAUAUCAAUUCUACAGACUACUGUGGUUCCAGAGGCUACUGCAUGGUUAUCCGUAUACAGCGCAAUGUAUAAGAUCGGAAGCUGAAAUCGAUAUCCCCCCUCUUGUAAGGGGGGAUGUAUGGGCCGCUUUACUAGGAGUAUUGGGAGAUAUAGAAACACACUAUGAACGGAUAGACAAGGAAACGCCCACACAUACAGACAGACAGAUCGAUGUGGAUAUACCGCGGUGUCACCAAUACUGUUGGUUGUUAUGCGGCGCGGAGGGACAUAAGAAACUUAAAAGAUUAUUAAAAGCCUGGUUAUUGACGAACCCGCAGUACGUUUAUUGGCAAGGCCUGGACUCACUGACUGCACCGUUCCUAUAUCUGAACUUUUGCAAUGAAGCUCGUGCGUUCGCGUGUUUAACAGCGUUCGUACCAAAGUUCCUUCACAAGUUCUUCCUCAAAGACAACAGCGCGGUCAUAAAGGAGUAUUUAGCCAAGUUCUGGCAAAUGGCAGCCUUCCAUGAGCCUCAGCUAGCCACACACUUACACGACAUCAACUUCGUCCCAGAACUAUUCGCUAUACCUUGGUUCCUGACGAUGUUCUCACAUGUAUUCCCACUACACAAGAUCGUCCACCUAUGGGACGCUCUGCUAGUAGAGGGUCCUUCCCUGCCACUGUUUAUGGGAGCCGCUAUACUCCGACAACUACGUGAUACAUUAUUAGAUUCGGGCUUCAACGAAUGUAUACUAUUAUUCUCAGAUCUACCAGAAAUUGAUAUAGGAGAAUGCGUUAAGGAAUCCAUAGAUAUGUGUCGCAGCACGCCAAAGAGUCUCAGUUACAGAAGAUUCACGAAUGAACCUGAAAUAAAAGAUCCAAUGGUGAGAUAUGCAUAUAUAACCUAUCUAAAUACAUUUAUAUGUAAAAUUAUUAUAUACAGGGAUAUGGUUGAAAUUCCAAUGGAGAUACUCCUGAAUGAAGUUUGCCCGAGAAUAAGUCUAUCAGAUUUCUUCUCCCUGAUAUGUCAAGACAAAUGCUGUGUUAUUGACAUAAGAUCUAAUUUAUUGUAUGAAAAAAGCUGUAUAGAAGGCAGUAUAAACAUUCCAUAUAGCGGGGUACAUCUCGGACAGCAUGAGCUAAAGUCUUUGGGUCCUCAACCAUACAAGGUUUUAGUAGAAGCUGUUAAAAUGAAUAAGAUCAUAGUAGUUGCUUCCGCUGAAGAUGGGACAGCACAACUGGUAAGAGAUAAAGUUUUUGAUUUCAUCAAAAUAUUGUACAAAGGCAGCCCUAGUAGGUUCAUUUAA